CCUUGUUUAACACUCGGAUUUGCGAUUUUGUAAAAAAAUACCUAUUAAGAUAAUACAAAGAAGCAGGAAGGAUACGACUCUGAUAUCAAUUGACAUUAAGAUACUGCUUAAGUCAACUGAAGAUUGCUCUAUACAAGAUUUUUCGGAGAAUAACAGAGCAAAUAUAUCACUCGCGCAUGCGUUUACCAAUGGAGCUCCCCUGAAAAUAUGGCGGAGACUAGAAGACAAAAUAAAAUAAUUUCUAAGGGGUCAAAGCUUCCAGUUACCAUCGAAGAUGCUAUUGAGGAUGCACUCAUUGUGUGUCUCGAUUAUGGAACUAGAAAAUAUAGAGGCGUUCUAUUGGAUUCGAAUAAAAGAAAUAUACCUCAUGGUGUCUGUUCAAGAUUCAAAGGAGCUGAGGGGAAUGGUAUAGAAACAGAGGAUGGUACUGUUGAAGCUCCUGCCACCUAUUUCAGACAUACCUAUAUGCAACAUGAAAAUAAAAUGAAGGAACAUGUUCCAGUAAAGAAUGUACAGAAAGAUAAAAAUACUAGGCAACACAUUCGUUUAAGACCUCGACAGAUGUUGUGUAAUAAAUGUAAAGCAAUGUGUCAAGAAACUGAUAAAGGCAUUGUACCAAUAACAGCUGUGCCAAAACAAGGUACAAAACCAGAAAAUACAACAAAUAAUAAAACAACAGCUUCACCUUCCAAAGAAGGCUUCCGCAGACGACCUAGUAAUCAAAACCUCAAAGCAGAAAACUACAGUGUUCCAAAAACUAUUAAGCUAGAAAAGUUACCAGACAAGAUUAGUAUGAUGAACACUAAAGCUAGUCCAUUUAUCAAAAUCAAUAUAGGAGCGGGUACUGUGUUACAAAUUCCACCACGUCUUCAUGGAGAUGAAGUGGAUGGUGUAUCAAAUAAAGGUGAUAGCCAAUCUUCUGAACCAAAAACUGACACUCAAUUAGAUGAUUCUAGUCAUAGGAAAUUAAAGAAGUUGAAAUUUAAGGAGCUUGAAAAGGAGUGUGAAAAUGACAUUGUUACCAAACAUGAUAUUUCAUCUGACAUUUAUCAUCAUAAAAAACAUAAAAGAAAACACAAAAGAAAACAUGAAGAAGAGUUGAAAAAUUCUGAAGAUGAUAUGGUUAAGAAAUGUGAUGAAAAUAGUGAUAAUUUACAGUAUUGUGAUUCAAAUCAACAAACAAUUAUGUCUCAAAGGCCUCGUUUGCUAUAUACAUGGAGACAAAAUAAAGGGCUCUCUCCGAGGAGAGAUAUAGACAAUACAUACAAUAUUAAAAUGUCACCUCAACAAAGUGUUCAAAGUAUUGAUAAAUUAGAUUUAAAACCAAGAAAGGAAUACAGACUGCGAAGUAGAGAAAAAUCUAUUGAGGAAGUCAACGAAUCAUGUGUUUCUAGUGAUAGUUCACAUACUUCUAUGUCAGAGAGUGAUGACAAUGUUAUAAUGUCUGCUGGAAGUGAGGAUGACAACGAAGUGUCCUUCAAUGCAAGUAGUGUUAAUGAGGAUAGUCAGAGUAGUGCUGAAGAAAACCAAGAUGAUGAAGAGGCAGAUGGGCCUCCUGUUGAACUUGAUGAAAACAUUGAAGUUCUUCGUCCAUUAAUGAUGAAAAUACAAACUAGAGAUGUGACAAAAUGUGUUAAAUCUGAUGGAAGAACUGUUCAAUUAGGGGAUAUUGUUUGGGGUAAAAUCAAAGGAUUUCCAUGGUGGCCAGGACGGGUAUUAUCAAUAACUGUUAGUUCAAGAGAGAGUGGUGUUGUUUUACGGCAGCUUGCACAUUUAGCUUGGUUUGGUUCUUCCACAAUGUCACAUAUUCAGUGUUCAGACUUGUACCCUUUUCUGGAAGAUUUUAAAAUCCGUUACAAUAAAAAGAAAAGAGGUCCAUAUAAGAUGGCAAUUAAACAAGCAACAAUUGCAGCACAAAGUCUCACAAAUACACAUCAUAUUGAUUUUUCAGAAUUUGAUUUAUGAAAGAUUUACUGUAUACUCAGGAAAUUAAUAUUACAGUGCUUCUUACAAGACAGAUAACAAAACAUGCCUAAUAACAGACCAAUAACCAGCCACAAGUUCUAAAGUUAAACAGAUUUGCCUUGAGUCCAGUUUUUGACAGACUUUAUUUCUUAAUUGAUGCUUUUAUUUUGUUUUAUAUUUAUAAGUCUUGUUCUUUCCAAUUACCAUGAUUACUUUUCAACAAAUUAAAGUACAUUUUUAUAAGAAAUGGAAAAAUAUUUGCAUUUGUGUCAAAUGACAAUUUUCCAUUUACGGUAUAGAUAUCAUAGGUUUACUGUCUUUUGUUGUCUAAUAUCUUUUCAUAUUAUAGGGUACAAUGCAGUAUGAUAGCUUGUUCUAGUGAAACAGCCCCUAUGGAAUAAAAAUAGCUUUACUUGGGAACAAAAGUGGAUAUUUUUCUAAUGAUUUUUUAAAAAUCGGGGGCAAAGUCUAGCAAGGACAAAGUCCUAGACUAGAAUUUAAAUUAUAUAAUGUAAUAUGAAAGAAUCAUUUUAGUGAAUAUAUAUAUACAAUACUGUUGACAAAAAUCUUUAACACCUUUUUCUUUCAAACCUCAAAUUAUGCCAGAAUACAGGUAUAACAGCCCUGCCAUACUGACUAGUAAAUUACCUCACAAAGACAACUGUACAAUGUAAUUUAAAAUUUUGUUCCUGUGCAUUAAAAUUAAUGUUUUAUUUUAAUUUGUUUUAAUAAAAAAUGAAAUAUUAAUUUUAGUGAAUUGCUCAUGAAUACACAGUUACAAUAUACUAAAGCAAGUAGAAUAUUUAGUAGUGAGCGUCCUUAGAAAUGUUUUAGACUGUUGCCGAUAAAAAGAUAUAAAUAAUUAUUGUCAUAAAUGAAGCAUAUACAGAAUGUACAUAUAUAUUAUGACUUAAUAAACUACAUUUGUAUUUUUAAAAAUGUAGGUGAUAAAAUAGGUAUAAUCCUAACAUUGAGUACUGUGAGUUUUAUAAAACACAUGCACAUAAAUUAUAAUUCAGGUUUGGAAACACGGGAUAAAAAUUGACAAAUCAUAGCUUUUGAAAAAUAAGAUAUAAUAAUAUGCUUUAUUAGUUUCAAAAUUAGUGGCCUUAUAACUUUUACAUGACUUGAUAAACUUAUCUUUGGAAAAUUUCUUAAUUUGAACAUGUUGAUGACGGUUUAAGUCUUGACCUCAGCUCUAAUUGUUUUUUCUUCUUCCAAACUACCAAUAUACUGUUUCAUAUAAAUUUAUAUUUUAAAGAAGUCGAUGUGUUUGUAUCACUUUUACAUUUGGAGGCCAGUUAAAUAUAUAUUAACAAUCAUUAUAGUAUUUAUUUUAAAUUAACUAAUAUAUAUUGAGUCCAAGAAUAUAAAACUCUAGUCACUUUUAUAUGUACAAAUGUAUAAAGAUUUAUAUUCACUGCCUGUAAAUUUACAAAAUGUGUAAAACGUAUUUACAUUAGGAUUAUUUGGCAGUAUGAAUAAUAUUAACUGUUCAAGGUGUGUAAAAUAAUUUUGUACAUGUACUUUUAAAGUCUACUGAAAAAAGGGGCAGAAGUAUAAAUAUAAUGUUUUGUUAAGUUUCAGUCAGUUUUGUUUUGUUGUGUUGGAACCCUAUUUUUUAAUGAUUAAUGUGUUAGAAAUUCUGAUUCUAUGUUUUUCUUCGAUUCUUUUUUGCACUAUUUUAAUUUGUUGAAAUAUUUUUCAUGCACAAUCAUUUUAUUGUUCAUGAGGAUUAUAUGAAAUUAUUUAAAUUAUAAUGCUAAACCUAAGAAAGCAUGGCACAAUGAUCCUUUACAUAUAAUUUAUCUCAUUCUCAUCUUGAGAAGUUCUGAAAGUAGACAAGUUGGCUUUACACAAGAAAUAACUUGACUCCAUUGGGCAGUCUUUUUGAGAUUGAGUUAAUGCAUAUAAUUUUCACUUUUUAACUCACUUUAGUUGAAUGUUUGAAUUUGGUUAUACAUGUAUACUCACCUGGUAUUUUAGUCCAUGUGAACUAUUGUCAUUACAUGGUGUCCUGUCAUUGUCUGGCAUCUGUAACCAUAAACUUUUCAUACUUUCAUCUUCUCGUCUUCGUCAUCAGUCAUCUCUUUAAGUCAGUGAGCUGGUUGAUCAUUUAAGCUAAAUUCUGUUUAUCAAACUGACAUAGGAAACUCUAGUUGUAAUAUAAUAUUUAAAUUAUUAUACAAUACAGAUCAAGGCAAUUUAUUCCCCCACUUAUAGAAUGGUAUAUAUACUGCAAUCAUCUUGUCCGUCCAUCUGUAACUUUUGUUUAAUAUUACUCAGCUUCUGUAGGAAGGAUUUUAUACUUGGUUUAAGCAUUAUCUUUUAAAAGUUGUACUGUGGAAGCCAUUUUCAGAUUUUCCAAACAUUCACUUCCUGUUGGACAAUACUUGCAAGUUUUAUUUUACCAAAUGAGCAUAGACUUUUUCAUCAAUAUCAAAUAAAAAGAAAGCAAGUGGGCCAUACUUUGUGCGACAUCAUAUGUAACUUCUUGUGACACUUCAACUUGCAAAAUUGUUUGUCCUAAAUAUGUUUCAGUUAAAUAUUUUAGAAAUAAAUGUGGUU